GACUCCUUUUUCUUACCCCUCUCUACUUCGUACAUACGAUAUCAUCGUAUCCAGUAUAUCUAUUUACACUUCUUCCCCCGAUUUACGGUUCUCUUCCCACUUAUAUUUGUUGCUGUUGUGCAGUAUCAAUCGCUGCUUAUCAUCUUGUAAUAUUUUGGUACACGCUUUGUACUGUACCACUCCGUUGCUACAGUCGUCGCUGCCCAGGCUGCUAAUUGAUAGCAAGCAAUAGCCGAACCCCCAGCAGGCUUCCAAGUAUUUUUUUGCUGCUGCCGUGCCUGUAGUGCCCUGGCCUGUGCUAAACAACAACGUCAACCCUUUCUCUCCCGUUGAGAAUUUUUGACCUCUACUUUUCUUUUGUUACUGCCAAGCAACCAACCAUCCCUCCAACUCGUCAUUCGUCGUUGAUUCAGCCACCAUCAUGUCUACGGAAAACGUGCCCGCCGCCACCCCUGAAAAGGUUGAACAGGCCGAGGCGCCAGUCUCGACGCCAGAGACUCCCCUUGCCAAAUUCACGGCGCGUCUGGCCGACAUCAUCAAGGAGUCAACUCAUAGCGAGAUGUGGGGUGUCGAGCUUUCGACCGAUGCCGGCCACGCCCCGACUCAAGUCAUUCUCCAGAAGUUCCUGCGCGCCAACAAUGGCGAUUUGGCCGGUGCUGAGAAGCAGCUUGCCGCUGCCCUGGCUUGGCGAGAGAAGUGGCAGCCGACAAAGCUCGUGAGCGAGGCCUUCAACAAGGACAAGUUUGGCGGCCUCGGCUUCGUCACGAACCACAAGGAUGAGGCCGGCAACAACACCGUCAUUACUUGGAACAUUUACGGCUCCGUCAAGGACAACAAGGCCACCUUUGGCGACGUCACCGAGUUCAUCAAGUGGCGCGCUGCUCUCAUGGAAUUGGGCGUGCAGCAGCUCCAUCUCAACGACAUCACUGAGCCCCUCCCAGAGGAUGGCACCGACAAGCAUCAGAUGCUUCAGGUGCACGACUAUCGAUCAGUCAGCUUCUUCCGCAUGGACCCCGCUGUCAAGGCUGCCAGCAAGGAGACCAUCUCUGUCUUCUCCACGGCCUACCCAGAACUGCUGGCGCACAAGUACUUUGUCAACGUGCCUGCCAUUAUGGGUUGGAUGUUCGGAGCCAUGAAGCUUUUCCUUGCGCCAGCAACUUUGAAGAAGUUCCACCCGAUGACAUCCGGCACUACUCUAUCUACGGAGCUUAAGAGCAUUGCCCCCUCAUUGCCCCAGGAGUAUGGAGGCAGCGGCUCUCCUGUUCAAGAAGGCCUGACGGUGACGCUUGUUGAUGCUACCGAGGCAGCAAAGGUGGAGGCCCCUGUAGAGCCCAAGCCAGAGGCUGUUGUCGCUCCCGUUGAGGCCCCCGCACAAGCAAAUGAGAGUGCAGCCGCAGAACCUCAAACCGUGGACCUUCCUGUGAGGCCCAAGGAAGAGGAAGCUCCCGCGGAGGCCAAGAAAGAGGAAGUCCCUGCCCCUGUUGAGCCGGAGGCCAAGGUUGAGGAGACCAAGGCUGAGGAGGCCAAGUCUCCUGCAGAGGAGGAGACCAAGCAAGAGACCGAGGAAAAGAAGACUGAGGAAAUCCCCGUCGCUGCUGAUAGUGCUCCGAAGGAGGCUGAGGCUGCGCCCAAGGAAACUGAGACCACUGAGACCGCGCAGCCGGAGAAGUCGGCUUAAGGGAGCAGUCAGGCCUAUGUCUCCUUGACUCGCGACGGUGAUCUGCUGUGAAAUUGGGAGGAAACGGAAGUUUUUCUUUAUCUCCUUUUUUGAUGUUGUUGUCCUGAUGAGCGUGGGCGUCCGGUAUGCCUUGCCGCUGCCACGCUUCAUUCAUACCCAUAAUACCCGAUAUCAUGUGCAAAGAAUGCUGUGCAUUAGAUUCCCCCUAGAUGUUUGCCCUUUUGGCAAUUAAUAGAUAAAACGUCUGCUUAUCUACGAUGGACGUUUUCCGAAAUAUAUACAAGACUGUGUUUCCUGUUUUGACACCUUUUUGUCGACUCUUGCUUGGAUUAUCC